CUUUUACUGCUACCGCCACACUGCUACCGAUUAAUUUAUAAAUAAUAAUUGUUUUUAAGCCCCUCAAUUUAAUUGUUAAUCUUCACAUUUCCAAAAUGAUGGACGGCACGGAUGAGUCAAAUAUACUAAAUAGUCGCUCCUCGACCAACAAUGGGGCAACACUGGAGAUAACCUCGCCCACAAAUCCACUGGCAGGACCACCGGUGGAGCCAGCAACAGGAACAGCAACAAAUGGCAGCGGUUCGGCCACAUCGCCGGACAGCUCCUCCUCGGCGCCAGUGACACCCGCCGCACUAGGAGAGAACGCGCUGCAUGUGGAGAUCUCCGAUGCGCUGAGCGAGAAGGAGAAGGUAAAGUUCACGGUGCAUACGCGUACGACGCUGCCAGGAUUCGCGAAAAAGGACAACAAUGUGGUGCGACAGCACGAGGAAUUUGUGUGGCUGCACGAUCGCAUCGAGGAGAACGAAGACUAUGCGGGCUACAUUAUUCCACCGUGUCCGCCACGUCCGGACUUUGAUGCCUCGCGAGAGAAGCUGCAGCGUCUGGGCGAGGGUGAGGGCAACAUGACCAAAGAGGAGUUUAAGAAAAUGAAGUCCGAACUAGAGGCCGAAUACUUGGCAACAUUUAAGAAGACGGUGGCCAUGCACGAAGUGUUUCUGCGUCGCCUGGCCAGUCAUCCCGUCUUUCGUGUGGAUCAGCACUUGAAAGUCUUUCUCGAAUACGAUCAGGAUCUGUGCGCCAAGCCACGCAAGAAGAUGGCCAUCUUUGGUGGCUUUGUCAAGUCGCUGGGCAAGACCACAGAUGAGAUACUGCUGAGCGCCACAGUGCGCGAUGUGAAUGACUUUUUUGAGAACGAAUUGCAAUUCCUCACUGAAUACCACGGGCACUUGCGUGAGGCUGCUCUACGCACCGAAAAGAUGACACAGCGGCACAAGGAGGUGGGCGAUUCCCAUCAGAAAAUCUCGAAUGCUCUCACCCAGUUGUCCACCACUGAGAAGGGCAAUGUGGAGACAUUUGUGGCCAAGACAGCGGAGAUAUUUGAGCGCGUGAAGAAUCUGGAAACGCGUGUGGCCAGUGAUCAGGAUCUUAAGCUGGGCGACACUUUGCGCUACUAUCAGCGGGACAGUGAUGCGGCCAAGGCGCUGCUUAUACGACGCCUGCGCUGCCUGGCCGCCUACGAGACGGCUAAUCGCAAUCUGGAAAAGGCACGCUCCAAGAACAAGGAUGUGCAUGCGCCUCUGGAGGUGCAAGAGGCUGAAACUGCACAGGCGGAGGCAUGUGAGAAGUUUGAAUCGAUGUCUGCCUGCGGCAAGGAAGAGUUAAUUGGCUUUCGGAAUCGUCGUGUGGCGGCCAUCAAGAAGAGUCUCGUGGAACUCUCUGAACUGGAGAUUAAGCAUGCCAAAACCCAAUAUGAAUAUCUGCGUCAAUCGUUGAUUUCCAUCAAGGAGAUUGCCUGAGGCUAAGAGUCACACACACACACACCAGAAGUUGAAGUAAAUCAAUUGUUUAAUUGCUAAGCAAACAGUUUAUUAUGAUACGGGGACAGCAAGGAGCUCCCGUAGCGCCACUUUUAUUUGUAUUUUGUAUUAACAAAUAUUCAAUUUGUUUUGUUAAACAGAGCGCUUUUAUAUUUGUCUAACGAGCAUUCCUCUCUCUAUAAACUAAAACUAAAACAUA